UUCUCUCGGCUCCGCAGCCCCAGUGCCCGCCCGGCCCCGCUCCGGUGAGCAUCUCCGAGCCCGGUGAGGUGCGGGGUGCCCCCGGCACGCCGAGACCCUCACCGCCGCCUCUGGGCGCCUCCGGGCUGCGGGGAACGGGGCUGGGGAGGAGGAUGCGGAGGAGCGGCAGCGGAGGGGAGAAGAGCUGCGUGUUGCUCAGCGGCACUUAGAGGCGGGGGACAUGGCCCCGGCGCUGUGGCUGUGGCUGGCAGCCCUGCUGGGCUCAGCCCGGGCGUGCCCCGAGCCCUGCGCUUGCGUGGAUAAGUACGCCCACCAGUUCGCCGACUGCGCCUACAAGGAUCUCCAGGUGGUGCCCACUGGGCUGCCCUCCAACGUGACCACCCUCAGCCUGUCGGCCAACAAGAUCACGGCGCUGCAGCGGCGCUCCUUCGUGGAGGUGACCCAGGUGACAUCCCUCUGGUUGGCGCACAAUGAGAUCCGCGCCAUCGAGCCCGGAGCCUUCGCCAUCCUGGUGCAGCUGAAGAACCUUGACAUCAGCCACAACCAGAUCGUGGACUUCCCAUGGCAGGAUCUCUACAACCUCAGCGCCCUCCAACUGCUCAAGAUGAACAACAACCACAUGGCCGUGGUGCCCCAAGGGGCUUUCCACACCCUGAAGGACCUGCGGUCUCUGCGCAUCAACAACAAUAAAUUCACCACGCUCGCCGAAGGCAUCUUCGACUCGCUCAGCUCCCUGUCCCAUCUGCAAAUCUACAACAACCCCUUCGAGUGCUCCUGCAAGCUCCAAUGGCUCAAGAAGUGGAUGGACAGCACGCUUAUCUCCAUCCCGGAGAAGGAGUCCAUCACCUGCAGCCUCCCAGAGCAGCUCCGUGGGGUGCCGGUGGGGAAGAUCCCAGACACACAGUGUACAUCACCCUCUGUGCAGCUCACGUACUACCCCAACCUGGACACCACGGAGCUCUUUGAUGGCUUCACCUUGACGCUGCACUGUGCCGUGACGGGCACUCCACCACCUGAAGUCAGCUGGAAGAUCCGCACCUCCAGCCAGACCCUGGAGCUCAGCGGCAGCCCGAGUGAGAGUGCAGGGAAGGACCCUCCUAAGCAGGACCCUGAGCGCUUCUUGGUCUUCAAAAAUGGCACGUUGGUGAUUCCUCACCUGAGCAAGCGGGAGGAGGGCACCUACACUUGCCUGGCCACCAACGAAAUGGGGAGCAACCAGACCUCAGUCAAUGUGGCUGUGGCAGGAUCCCAGAAGUACCCGCUGCAGCCUGGCAGGGACCCAACGGGGGGCAAAGCACAACCAGGUGACAAGAAGCCCGGAGCCAAGGGAGCGAAGAACAGCGUGCUCACACCCGAUGAGAGGAACAAACCCCUCAGCCCCACCCGGCAGAGCCAACCACCCUCAGCAGCUGGGAUGGAGCCCACUGGAGAUGGGAAAGUCCCCUUCCAGCUUCCUCCCUUUGAGAAGAAGUGUGGCUCCAUGCCAACCAGCAGAUACAUUUCCAACCAUGCCUUCAACCAGAGCGGUGACUUCAAGCAGCACACCUUCGACUUGGGUGUGAUCGCCUUGGAUGUGUCGGAGCGCGACGCCCGGGUGCAGCUGACGCCCACCUACGUGCAGCCCGACAAGGUGCACCUGAGGAUGCUCUACCUGUGCCAGGAGAGCAGCCGUGGCCAUGCCUUGGUGCAAUGGUCCAAGAUCGAGGAAGGAGUGAACUCAUACUGGUUCCAGGGCUUGAAGCCUGGCACCAACUACUCGGUGUGCCUCACUUACCUGGGGGAGGACUGCCAGGUCCAAGUGGUCUUCACCACCAAAAAAGAGAUUCCUUCUCUCAUCAUCAUUGUGGUCGUGAGCAUCUUUCUGCUGCUCCUGGCCACCCUCCCCCUGAUGGGUGCCACAUGGUGCCACCUCCUCUCCAAGUACCAGGGCAAAACCUACAAGCUGAUCAUGAAAGCCCAGAACCCAGACCAGAUGGAGAAGCACAUGGCUGCUGACUUCGACCCCCGCACCUCCUACCUGGAAUCCGAGAAGAAUUACAACCCCAGCGAGGUGGGGGAAGGGGAAGCGGAGGAAGAGGACGAGGACGAGGAAGAUGAUGACGAAGGAGGCAGGCGGAGGAGGAGGAGAGAAGCCGAGGAGACCACGGAGCUGGAGCGGGAGGAGAGCGUAGCAGCCAGCUCCAUGGUGGAGUCGCAGUCCAAAACCAACGGUGAGGAGUUUGAGGUGCGCUCCGAGUACAGCGACAAGCUGCCGCUGGGCGCCGAGGCUGUCACCAUCUCCCAGGAGAUCAACGGGAACUACCGGCAGCGUCCCCGCUGAGCCCCCAGAUCACCCCCCCCCGGCCCCCCACUGCCCCCAGCCUCCCCAGCCCCUCGGGGAGGCUGCCGCUUCUUCUUCGGGGAAGGAACAAGGAGAGGAGGAAAAAAUCCCCCCCAUGCAUCUUUCUUUCUCCUCUUCUUCCUCCUCCAGGCGGCAGGUCCUCGGGGAAGGGCUUCGGAUCCGGGGGCUCGGGGGGCGAUCGAAACGCUGAUCUCCCAAUUUCGUUUUCGUUCAGAUUCAAAUUGAUCCCUAUUGCCGCUGCGGCGCAACGAUUCCCCGUCCCCCUCCCUCCCGGUCCCACAGCUCAGCCUUUAUUUUCGGUCCUCUUGAAGGAAAAGAACGAAAAA